CAUAUUUUGAGAAUAUUACGUCUCCCAGUUACCUACCUAUGUUGGAAAAUCUUAUACAUACUUAUUGCUGUAACUGUGUGGUUCAUUCGAGACAGACAUUUUUCUUUACCUACGUGAAUAGUUGGUCAAGUUGGAUUUAAUUUUUCCGCCAUGAAAUUAUUUUUCCUCGUGGUUUGUGCUUUGGCAUUUUUUGAAAGUUUUGUUUUCGGUAGUCCCGUUCUAAAUAAAAAUGGUAUUGUCGGUGUCAGUGAAAAAAACCUCCAGGAAUACAUAACCAAAGCUCUCAAAGGAUUCAAAAAUGUAAUGUUGAAAGGAGACGAAGAACUGAAGUAUCCUAUUAUGGAGCCUUAUAAAUUAGGAAAAAUUUCCCAGGAUUUUAUAGACCCGUCCGGAAAAAACAAACAUAGCGUGAAAGUGGGUUUAAAUCAAGCCAUUUUACAGGGACUUUCCAAUUUUAACGUAGAUUGGUUGGAAGUAAGCGCUAAAGAUAUGCGAUUUAGUUUAGAUCUUACUUUCAACAAUAUAGAAACCGAAAUGCCCUACAAACUAGACGGAUAUUUAUUCAAAGGCAUGAUGCCUGUAUAUGGCGAAGGACUUCUCAAGCUCUCUAGUCCUGUGCAACAGUUUCAAGUUAUAAUUGAUUUGGGUAUCGAGAAAGGAUUCAUUCUGCUUGAAAAUUUACAACUUCAUCGAUACGAUUAUGACACAAAUGCUAAAGUUACUGGUCUGAUGGAUCUACCGGAUAAAUUCGCUGACUACGUGCUGGAUGACAUUUUGGGCAGUAUUGUGAAUAAGCAUGGGGAUAAGGCAUUGCAAAACUACUUGAGUAACCUCAUCGAAGAGACUAUUGGUGGAAUGACCACAGAUGAGUUUUUCAAAUUUCUCGAUCAUUUUGUUAAGAAGUAUGACGAAAAAUGAAUGAAUUUACGUUAAAAUGAUUAUAUUUUGUGAAAAUAAAGGUACUAUUG